CUGGAUCACACCGUUCCGAACCCGAGAGCAGCAGGUGGGAAACUUCCAACUCUGUUAUUAUUUCUUGUUCUGGGGCAAUUAUUCCUCCCGGCUCGGCGACACUGGACGUGUUGUGCCAACAUGUUUCCCUGGCGACGCGCCUGCGGACUGUGGACCGUUUCCCUGCCGCGGACUCUCCGCCGCUUCCAACUGUCCACCGGAUUAAAACCGAGAGAAGUAAGAGCUGUGUAAUUAACGGAGGAGGCCAAUUGUGUUGCGGGUGGACGUCGAAGAAAAGCAGUGCAGGAGAUUAGCGCGCGCACAGAAACGAUUUAUUUUAUCGGUGGAUACAGGCGUUUUGGGCGCAACCUCGUACUGAGAAGCGCUGCGUGAUGCCGCAUCGGACCCGCGUCCUGCUGCUGCUGCUGCUGCUGCUGGUCGGCUGGCCGUCCGGCGCGCGCCGGAUACGAAAGAAGGCCACCAGGACCCGGGCUUGCCUAGACCUGCCGGAGGAGAUCCUGGAGCAGAUGUUCGGGCGGCUCUCGGUGGGAAUGAUGAGCGCUUUCCAUCACGCCCUGCAGCUGGAGCCACAGGACAAACUCAACCGGACGUGCCCGACCGCCGCACGCUGCCCGGCCGACAGCAAGACCCACCUCCCGGUCAACCUGCUCAGCAUCUCCCCCUGGGCCUACAGGAUCUCAUACGACCCGGCCAGGUACCCCCGCUACAUCCCGGAGGCGUACUGCCUGUGCAAAGGCUGCCUGGUGGGCCCGCACGGGGAGGAGAGCCACCUCUACCGUAGCGCACCGGUCUUCGCGCCCUCUGCCAUCCUGAGGAGAGCUGGCUCCUGCACCGGUGGCCGCCACUCCUACACGGAGCUCUACGUCUCCAUCGCCGUAGGGUGCACCUGCGUGCCGCUGCUGGAGAAGGAGAGAGACGGCCGAGGCACCAACCAGAGUCUGGAGCGAGCGGAGCCCAAAGCCAGGCGGGUCGUCUCCGCGGGCAAGAGGGCGUGAAGGAAGCCGGACUUUGGUGCCCCAGAUCCACAUUGGUGGUGGUUAUACCUGAAGUAGAUGCUCCUGCUGCCUAUGAACAGGCACACUUUGAAUAGGUGGCCUUCUAAUCAAUAUCUGACAGUUCUUGUGUGGAGGACUGGUUCUUGACAGUUUUGCUCUUAUAUUUGACCCACUUUAAUUCUUGACUUGGUUUUAAAGACCUUUGGACCUAAACGUGAUGUCUUGACUACACAUUUCAAAGUGAUCUGGAGAGAAGCCUACACAUCCAGAUCAGAUAAAUCUAUAGUUCACUUUGACAUUUGAAGGGUAGUUUUAUUCUAAAGUACAGUACACAUUUUAUUCUUUUCUAGUAUCAGAUAUUUGGGGUAUUAGUGGC